ACAGAACAGUCCGUUGAGAGUCUUCGUGGAGUGAUGUUGUUGUCUGUGGGUUAGCAAGUGCGGUUCUUUUUCGCUAUCAGUCUACAACCCUAGAAGUACUUUUUAUCAAACAAACGGCUGUUAUUUCAAUAGAUUUUCUAACAGCGCUCUUAGUUAGAAUUCAUCGAUGAACAUAUGUUGUGAUAAUACCGAAAUUAGUGCGAAUCCAAUCGAGAAAAUUGAAUGCGAAUAUUCCGUAAAUCUAUUUGAGGAGUGUUCUAUUCUUCAAGUCGAAAAGGCACGGCCCCGCAAAGCAAAGCAAGGUGCCGUCUCCGUGUGUGCGUAUACCCAGAUCCAGCAAUUUGAUCUAAAAGUGCGAAAUUUUGAAAAUCAAUCGGAUAAUAACCAUAGUGUGAAAAUAGUGUCUAGAAUACAUCGCUUUUGCGCGACCUCUCGGAAGUGUAGGUGUAUGCGUGCUUGAAGAAUAACUGCUGGGGUCGAUUCCUGUCGCGAGCUCCCCUACUCCUAUUAGGUGCGGUACGAGUGUAAUUCGCAGAAAAAUAAAAAUCGUGAGAAGUUCGACCUUCCUCGGAUUUGACACGGUGCUUCUGUUCGCAGCAGUUUCCGCGGGUGGUGUCCUUCUGUUGUGUGCUGAACGUUCGCCUGUUAGGAGUAACACAAAUCCGAAGCGCAUGGCUCCGAUGAAUCCUCACUAAAAUAUGGCCGUGGCGUGCGUGAAGACUUCCGGUCAGUUUUUCGGGUCAUCCGCGUCCUCUGGGUCAGGUUCGUCGGUGCUGUCCGCAUCGGUCGGAAGUGCUGUCGGUGGGAUUAACGUUAACGGUGGAGCUAUGAACGGAGGCGGUGGUGGACAUUUGCAGAGCCAGCUGACGCGCUCGCUAGAGCGCAUCCUGGAGGAUGCGAACCUUAGCGGUGAGCUGAAGCUGAGUGGGAGGAAGCUGAAGGAUUUCCCAAAGGCGGCUGGGAAGUACAACCUGAGCGAUACGGUCAUUGCAGAUUUGUCCCGCAAUCGGUUUUGCGAGCUGCCGGAGGACAUCACAUCGCUGGCCUUCCUCGAACGGUUGCUGGUCUUUCACAACACGAUACGCUCGAUACCGGAUACGAUUCGGGGACUGCACUCGCUUACCUACAUAGAUUUAAGAAACAAUCAAUUGGCGGUACUGCCGCGCGAAAUAUGCUUCCUGCCACUGCAAGUGCUGCUGUUGUCCAACAAUCGGCUCGUCACGCUUCCGGACGAGCUCGGCCGGAUGGAGGAACUGACCGAGCUCGAUGCCGCCUGCAACCAAAUUACGCACCUUCCUCCCCGGAUGGGCGACCUGCGGAAUCUCCGGUCGCUCACCCUGCGCAACAAUCAACUGGUCUACCUGCCCCGGGAUCUCACCUGUUUGCAGUUGGUGUUUUUGGACAUCAGCAGUAACAAGAUUGCCACCCUGCCGGUGGAGCUUCGACUGAUGAGUUCGCUGGUCGAUCUUGAACUGUCGAACAAUCCUCUCACUUCCCCACCCGCCAGUCUUUGCGUGCGAGGUCUGGUGCACGUGUUCAAAUACCUCGAAACAGCGGCAGCCAAAGAGGAAAAGUCCAAGUGCGGUCUGGAUGGUCAUGCCACAUUACGGAGAUCGGCACUGUCAUCGAAAAAUUCAUCCGGAAGCCUGCUGGAUGGGACGCGGAAUCGACGCGCACACGUUGACUCUGGCUACAGUACCAGUGAUGGUGGAUUUGAUGGUAAGCGCUGGUCGCAGGACGAUCCGCACGACUACGGCACCGGUUCGCCCAAAUGGUCACCCAUUCCAAUGCACACUGGUUUUGCUGGUAAACCUCCCCCAGCAUCAUCACAUUCGUCUACGGCACAGAUACCCCAAUCGAGCGGGUCCGGUUAUUAUAAUCUGUUAUCAUCUGCAGGAAACGGUGGUUUCGCAGGUUUGCUGGGUAACGACUACCACGGCGGUAGCGGCAGUGGAACGUUGGAGGAAGAAUUUCGGAAGGGCGUCGCGCUGCUGGAUCAGCAGGAACGGAAGAAAUUGUCGAAUAAUAACAGCAACGACAUUUCUCCAGAAGGGGAUGUUACACCAGAUGGCAUAAGGGCUGACGAAAAGAUGCGAUCACUGGGUAAUAUUCAAACAUACAGGGAAUACAAAGAAGCACUUCGUCAGCAGCGUAGCCAGAACGACGUCUACCGACCCAAAGAGCAGCAGGCACAAACACCAGAUAGUGGCGGAUCUGCUGGCGAUUCGCCGCUUAGUAAUUUCUCUCCUUACAAUAAAUCCUUAGCCACCACUCCUUCCCCUUCCGUAUACAGUAGCAGCAACCAAAGUUCCCCGCUCUCUCCCCAUCACACUAACAUCCACAAACUGAACCAAAUCAAUGCCAAUAGCAAUCAUAACAAUAACAACAACAACAACGGUUUCAAUCCGGCCGGUCCCGGUUCUAGUCCGCUGCUGUCGCCCAACCGUAACAUGGUGGCACCGUUUGAGGAAUCGAACAGCAGCACAAGUUCGACGCCGAACAAACGACCGGUCCAGAAGGUCAUACCUUCACGCAACAUUACCUCAACAUAUCAAUCCAGCCAAUCGCCGACGCAUCUCAACGGGAAUCACGCGGGCACGGUUUCCAACGGGAAAAUUCCCAUUCCGAAUGGCACGCCGGUAAAAACAGCGCUCUCCAACAGUAGCUGCACGGAGUACUCUUACGUGAAGCCCAACAGUCCCUGUAAGGCGUCCAGCGGUAUCCUGACGCACAACAAUGUUCCUUCUUCGAUUCCGAAGCCAACUUCAACGACGACGACGGUGAACGGUAGUGGUUUACCGCCGACGAAUGGCAGUCAUAAACCGCUGACGGCCACCGUUGGCUACGUGAAUAAUGCUAAACCGGGACAGAAAACGAAUAAAACUGUCUCAUGGAAUCGGGAUGUGCCCACGGAUAAGCUAAGCUUUACCAUGCGACGCGAAUUCGAUAAGCAGAAGGAGGAAACCGAACUGAUCGAGCAGCUUCGACAGAUAAUCGAGACACGGUUGAAGAUGACCUUGCCGGAGGACAUUGCCCCAGCGCUAACGGAUGGGGUUGUGUUGUGCCAUCUAGCGAAUCACGUGCGGCCCCGUUCUGUGGGCAGCAUACACGUCCCAUCGCCGGCUGUGCCCAAACUUACAAUGGCUCGGUGUCGUCGGAAUGUGGAUAACUUCCUGGACGCUUGUCGGAGGAUCGGUGUCGAUGAGGAGUUGAUAUGCUCCUGUCAGGAUAUCGUGCCACCAUCCCCGCCGCCACCACCAGCAGCAGCUUCAGCAGUUUCGGAUGUACCACCAGAUUUUGAACAGUCGCAAAUCGAACCGGAACUGGAUAACGUCCAGCCGCCGAAUCCAUCGGCGAUGUUUCGUACGGUAUUUGCGCUGUUACAUUGUGCCGAACUGAUGGCUCACGGCCCGGUACUACGCCCUUCAUCUCCUCCUCCACCCCCACCACCUUCCAUGACCAUCAACAACAAUAAUAAUAAUAACAACACCGGUAAACCCAGUACACUCACUGCAGCCAACACCAAUACAACAACAGCAGAGGCAGAUAAAGUUCACCAUCAUCAUCCCAAUGGUUGCGACGGCGAGGAGCCGAACGGUAACUACCACCGAGCUUCCCCGAAUCCCUUGCAUAGCUUUGCUAAUAACCAUUUGCUACGUAACACUUCUGCCCCGAACACCAAAUGCGCCAAUCCAGAACUAGACUACCACUAUGAUCAGGAGAUAGAGGCACUGGCCGAACGGGAGGACGUUAUGAGGGUUCAGGCUAGGCUUAGGGCCGUUAGUGCUAGCGAUAGUGAGGUUGAUCGGUACGCGAGUGCGUCGACGAACGUCGGAGACGGAGGUGGGGAUGGAAGGAACGUUCCGGAUUCGCUGGAUCUCAGCGCUGGAAACAACGGCGGCGGCGGUGGACGCCGGAAGCGCAAGUUCCCCAGCACCAAGUUCAGCGCCAACAAGCGACAGGACCAGUCCGGAGCAGGUCUGAACGAGAUUGUCGAGGAGUGCGAAUACGACAGCGAUAUAGGGAAGUUCCGGUGCCGUCAAGGCGAUGACUACGAAGACUCCGAGUCCAGCAUGAACUCACUGGACGAGGAAACGGCGUUCACGCCGACGAAUGCAAACCAGGGCAUAAACGAUCUGAACAGCACCCCGACCGGGCCGGAGACGAAGACGGUGGUUGAUUUCAAUAUCAACUCGGAGGAGGACGAUCCGGCUGCGACGGGAAGGAAGAUUGUGAGCAAGAGAAUCGAAUUUUGGGAAAGUAAUGCGGGAAGCGGCGAUAAGAUCGUCAACAGUCCUCUCAGAAGAAGCAUCAGCGAAGAGGACAAUCAGUUUAAAGAAGAGAAAAAUAGGAAGGCAGAUCAUUCGACCCUAUCAACGUUUCUUUGCUUGGGAACGUUCAUUUUUACGGUCGUUUAUUUAUAUUUGUUUCCACUUCCCAAUUAGUAGGGUAGAGCGAAACUAAUCAUAGUUUGUUACAAUUUUGUCAGAGUUUUCAUAUUUUUGUUGAUUUUUAAGAGAGAACUAGAAUUCUUAUUUUUUAUAUCUUGGUACAACUUGUUUUAGUUGAAUACGUACUUAAAAUUUCAACUUAUUCCUUAGUUUGUAAUUUUAUCAGGCGAUCCGAGAGUGAAUUGAUUUUCUUCGAAAUUCGUUUCUAUUGAUUAUCAUAAUUAUAUGCGGAGAGUUGAAGUUGAGGGAAAAAAAGCUGAUUGGCGAAUAAAAAUACAUGAUUUUUCAUUCCUUUCAAAGUAUGCGGGAAAGAAACUGUUAAAAUCGUGAGACUCUUAAAAAUGAUUGGCUUUAACUGGUAAGUUUGUCCUACCAAAUAAAAAUACAAAAUUUGUUUUAAUCGUUAAACUAUUCGCAAUAUAAGGCCAUUUCAUUUGGUAAAAACAAACAUUUUUCACAAAAUACUCUCAUGUCAGCAUAUCUCAUAUAGUUUUAAUGUUGAAGUAAAUCAUUUCACUGCUCUGUGCGGUUAUCGCCCCCACAACACAGAUCCAUUCCGAGGCUUAGGUUUGAGUUUUGAACCGCUUAAAUUACUACGUUUGAGUGUGAUUUUAAUUGCAUUGAUUUGUUUGAAUAUGUUCUUCAAAAGAUGUACCUUUGGUUGUAAUCUCAUUUUGUUUUUAAUCUUCAUACAUUCAUAUUUAUUUACCAUUUCUCAAAUAUUUUAGAUAACAUAAGAUAUCGUUAAAUAUAGAUUUUACAUUGUAGAAUAGUAAUCAUGUGGAAAUUAUAAUCAAAAUUACGAGUUACUAAAAUACAAAACAACUACUAGGAAGAAUUAACACA